GCCGUCUUCAUUCUCUUAAGUUGGGCGGAGUGGCCGACCUCAAAUCUCAGUUUCCACCGUCCUUCGGCAUCACCGAUCUCCGAUGCGAAACCGUUCACUCGUUCUACACCCAAAUAACAAAAAACCAGGCUGACCCAAAACCUAUCUUCCCGGAUCUCUCACUGUUAAAUCCCAUUUCAACCAAAAGUUCACCCCUAACUACUACGCCGACCGACUGUUCGAUGUAAUGCCUCUGUGACAAAUUGUUACUAAAUUGUGCAUUUUUCUGAAGGGCAGAGAUGGCUGUUAUGGCCUUAAGGAGGAGACCAUGGCAGCAUGUUUUGGGGAACCUUAGUGGUUGCGUUAUGCAUGCGAGGUUUCACAGCUCCAAGGUGGACUUAAGGAAGCUCAGGCCGAUGAUUCUGAAGAGAAUCGAAAGCCGGGCCAGGGACUACCCGGUGCGCGGCAUGGUCCCGGUGGCCCAGGAGGUCCUUAAGGCCCGAGCAGUUCUCUUCCAAGGCGUGUCCGCUCUCCUCAGAGUCUUUCCCGUCAUGGCCUGCAAGUUCUGUCCAGAAGUACAUAUUGGUGAGAAAGGUCACUUAAUCCAGACUUGCUGUGGUUACAAGCGCCGUGCCAAGAAUCGAGUUCAUGAAUGGAUCAGCGGUGGUUUGAAUGAUGUACUUGUUCCGGUAGAAACAUUUCAUCUGCAGGACAUGUUCCAAGAUGUUAUUAAACACGAUCAAAGGUUUGAUUUUGACCGUGUUCCUGCAGUUCUCGAACUGUGCUGGCAGGCAGGAGUUGAUCCAUAUGAUGAAAAAAAGUACUCCAGCAGUUGGAACUUGGAAAAUGUCUCUGCUGGCAGUGAAGGAGCCGAAUCUUUGUCACCUCAUGAACUGAGGUUAAUUGCCAAUACAACUUUGAGGGCAUGGGAGACGCUCAGAACUGGUGUACAGAAAUUGUUGUUGGUUUAUCCAGCAAAAGUCUGUAAACACUGUUCGGAAGUUCAUGUUGGGCCAUCUGGGCACAAAGCUAGACUCUGUGGAGUAUUUAAGUAUGAGAGUUGGAGAGGAGCUCACUUCUGGAAGAAGGCAGAAGUUAAUGAUUUGGUGCCUCCUAAAAUUGUAUGGCGGCGGCGGCCUCAAGAUCCUCUUGUGCUUGUCGAUGAACAUCGGGAUUUUUAUGGACAUGCACCAGCAGUAGUGGAUCUGUGCACACAAGCUGGGGUUAUUGCUCCAAUCCAGUAUCAUUGUAUGAUGAAAGUGCAAGGUUUAUCAGAACCUGCUCAAGUCAAAGUUUGAAGCUCGUUGUAAGUUGAAUUGGCUUCAAGGUACUUGAUCUGCUACUUUUCAGGGUGUGGAGCUCUUACUGCCCCUCUUAUCAGGCCAGAGUUUGAUGCAUUUGGCCUCAGUUUUUUUCUGGUAUGUCUCACUCAUGGGUCGUCAUUCUUUUGCUUCCUGCAGGAAAUUUUGUUAGCAUAGCAUAAAUCCCAACAGAUAUACUCAUAUUUUUACAUGAACUCAUAGGGUUUAAUGAUCAUGUCUGUACAUUUUUAUUGGUAAUAAUUUGUUGCCUUGUAGAGAAGUUUACUACUUCUAAGUACUUCUGGGACGUUUGCCCCCAUACUAUACAAGCUAUUAAUCUCAUGAUUUAUUUGGCAAUUCUAGUAUUAUAAAAAUUGCAACAAAAUGUUAGGGAGAUUGA